ACCUGAAGAGCUGAUAAUAUUGUUCGGACUGUCGGUGUGGAAUGGCAAAGCCAGGUAAGCUAGACAUCUUCUGAAAGAAAUAAAAGCUUGUAUUUGUUUUUCAUUGAAGAAUUUAGAUUUUAAAGAAUCUCAGUUGCUUUACUUAAGCUGUCAGCAGAUGAAACAGCAUGUGUUGAUCCUCAAUUUCCUCCCUUAUUAAUGAAAUAAAAUAGUGGUUUAAUGUUGGUAAGAAGAACUACGAGCUAUGGAGUAUAUUUAACUGUGAAAUAUCUUAACAAUUUUUUAAUUGUUUUGUGGCUAAGUGUGAGAAUUGAUCACAAAACCUGAAGAGUUCUUUGCAACAGCAAGCUAAUGUUGCUUUAUAAUUCUUUCUUUAGUUGUUCUUGAACAUAUUGUGAAAGUUUAUGGAAGCUUUUAUGUUGCAGAGCUUUUUUACUUGCAGGGUUAUUAGACUUCAGUUUUCACAUAGUAUGAAUGACGUAUUCAAAUUUGUUUGGAAAUACUGUGAACAUGUUUGUUUUCAUUAAAAAAUAUAUAUUUUUUGGCAGGGCUUCAAAAUCUAUGAUCUCUAGUUAUAAGAAAAUGGAUGUUUCGUAAAUGUGCCACCAUGUUUAUAUAGAGAAAUGCAAAUCAAACCAUUAGAUCAAUUGGACAUAAUCUUCUAAUUUUACUGAUUUUACUUAAGUCUCAUAACUCUGUUGGGGAAAAACUUUGAUAUUUGCCUUCUAUAUUUAUAUUGAUUAUUUUAAUAGGUAGUGUGAGCACUUACAUUUUCAACAGCCUUCACUAUUUUGUUUAUUAUAUGUCUAAAAUGUUGUCAAUAGUAACAGCUAAAUACUGUAGAACUUAGAAAGUUUUUUUUUUCCUAUGUUGGACAUUGUUACUUGAAUUAGUAGCAUUUUAAAAAAUUCUGAUUUGUUGUAGAAUGGUAUUAAAUAUGCAUAUAGUGUUGCUAGAGUAUCUGUUGUGGUGAAAGAGAGUUUGUAAUUCUCAGAUUUUAACUUAUUUCUAUGUAGUAGCCUGAAAGCUACCUGACAGAGAUUGUGGUGUUACAAGAAUUUAAAAACAACAGAUUAAAAGCAAAGCAACCUAAGUCUGAAGGCUGAGUCCCUGUAGCAAUUUAGUUCGACGUGGUAACCACACAGAAAAGAAGAAAGUUUUUGAUACGGCCUAGGGCAAAGGCGAAAGGGAAAGAAGGCAGGAACAGGCAGUGAAGAAAGUGAAAAGGGAAGUGACAUUGGUUGACAGGCCUUGCUGUUUUACCUGUGACUUUGGCCUACUCGAGCAGAGGCAGCUGGUGUCCAGCUUCUCUAAAGAGUGGCCCAUCAACUUUGAGUAAAGAGAAGUGCCAGAAUUUCUGAGGAUAGAGCUAGCAGUGCAACAGAUGGAGGUGUUUUGGAAGCUCUGCUAAACAUUCUGAUACAGGGUAGCAAAUAACUUCUAGUGGCACAGUUUAUCCCAGUAUUUUUUAGAAGAAGGACCUCACAAAUGAGCUGCUUUGCCUGACUUUGAACACUAGAAUCUAGGGAAUGUGUAAAGAGCAAGAAAACCGAUGAUGCAAAAUUAUCAACACAGGAAAUGAUAUACGUGGAAAAACAAGAUUGUAAUUAGUGGAGGAAAGUAAGAAACUGAUUAGAGGAAUGAAGUUUCCCAGAUGUUUAAGGCAAAAAUGAAAGUUAAAUUAGAGAAGCUCUGCUAACUAGUGUUGGAGAAGAAUGCUUGAUUCAGAAUGGGAAAGCUACUUGUAAAAUUAGGAAAGAGCUGGCAACUGAGUUGAGCUCAAAUGUUUUACUGCACGAGUGAAUCUUUGGAAUGCUCUGCUUGGAACAUCAUCAGGAACAACCAGUGUAGUUCUGUGGAAAACAACAACAACAAAAAACCCAGCAACACAAGUCCAACAAAAUUAAACCUGCUGCGUGAUUAUUUGGAAUGAGUAAAGGUUGUUAUUGGGUUACUGUUUGGGUUUUGUAGAAGUAUUUCAGGAUUUAUUGUAUUUUCUAUGCACGUGUAGCUGACAUCUGAGCUCUAACACUGUACUGGUUCAAGUGACAGACUUUAAUAAUCAUUUUCAAAUCUAUUGUUUUAGUUUAUUACCAGAAUCCUGAAUCAUCAAAUACCACCUACCCGCAACUAAAGAGAAACAGUCUUGGAAAAAUUCAGCUAUAAGCCACUGUAAAUUAUCUGUUAUUUAACUUUCAUAAUUUAUAGUAAUAUGAUAAAAGUAACAUUCUUAAAUAUAAAAAGAAGAAAAAAGAGCAGAAACUCUUUUGUGCUCAUUCCAGUGAUUAAUUUCAAACUUAGCAAUAUCAUAUAAAGUAAAAAAAAUCCCCCCCACAGCCAUUUCUUCAGGGUUCUACUUUUUCUUGCUUUUGUGCCAGUCAUAGCUUUUCAGUUGUCUGUUUAAAACAGAAGAAAAAUUUUUUAAAAAGUUUGCCGUAGUUUGAUGUGUCUGGAAUUGGUUGAUAAGAACAUCAUCUGAUUUAGUAGAAGUAGCUUCACGGAGCAUGUUAAGUGAAAUUGCUGCCUUUUCUUCAAUGCAGACUGCCUUGCUCCUGGCCUCCUCAAAGGAUUGAGGCUUUGUGAUGAAUUUCCAGAGUAAUUUCCAGAGGUUUCUGACUAACCAACUGUACAUCUGGAAACAGCUGCAAUUUGGGGGCAGCUGCUGAAGCAGCUUACCUGCAGCAAGCAAACCCUUCCUGUUAUGACGUGGUUGGGACUGUAAGAUGACAUGAUCGGUGGGGUGGAGCUUGAAAUAUCUACAUGUUGCUUCAUUCUCUACUUUAUAAAAGCCUGGUGCUAGCAAGACACUUGUCUGCAGAAACAGAUGGCCAAAGCAAAGGUUGGGCCAGAGUUUUUUGUUUCUUGGACCACACCUCAUCUUUGAUGACAGUAUUGGAGAGAGAAUAUGUUUCAGUUCAUUAGGAGCUCAAUGAGGCUAUGUGGAUAACACUGAAGUAUUUUAUAAGAUUCAGUGUGAAGCUGCAUAGUUCAAGGAAGCUCAUGUCUUAUUAGCUAUGGCUAAGGUCAGUUAUCCACACAAUGAGGGGGAAACUCUUUCAUAAACAAGUAGAUAAAUAUGGUGCAGCUGGUGCUUAGCUGUGCUUUGGGCUAUUGCAUUACCAAAGGAGCUCACGGUCAGCUCCAGCUCUUGAAGAGUCCUUGCAGAGCAUCAGCAGCUUUGGGUGGCUGGAUGCAAAAUUACUAGGGUGCAUCAUAAAAAAAAAAAAAAGGAUAAAUUCAGGACAAGAGAGACAAGGGAGGAUAUAUGUAGAAGCACAAGUCUACUUUUAGAAGAAGGUAAAAUUUGAAAUGUUAGAACUGAAAAGUAUUUAAACCUAUGAAAUUGAAACAAUAAAUAAAGCAGACCACUAAGUCUAAUGGCUUGUGGGUUUUACUUUCAACACAAGCUACUAAGUGUUCAGUGCUUUUAGAAAAUGCCAAGGUUUGUAGGUAUCCGUCAUCUCUUGAUCAAUCACUGAUAAUGUAGAGAGAAAUCUUUGAAGAUUUCAUUUUGGCUUUGGACUAGCAUUUUUACUGUCUGAUGGAAAACAGUAUUUUAAACAGCUGCAAAGAGAGAAUAGCAUGAAGAGUUAAUUGAAUCAUAUGAUGUUGGGGGGAAAAUAUUUUGUUCCUUUUUUUCCUCAUUAGAAGUAGAAGUUACACGUGUUCUUUAUUAUAUCCAACAUAUUUCAAUAGUGUUUUAAAAGACUUAUAAAACAGUGAAUUUUUGAAGACACAUUUUAUUUUCAGCUCCUAAGUCUUGGAGUAAUCAAAUGUGUCAUUUUUCUUUAUCUGAAUAUGGUUUUGUGGUAGAAGUGGAUGAUAGUUCCUAAUAUCCAUAGAACUGUAAAACGUAAUCCUCUUAUUGUUUUUUUACAGAGGCAUUGGUUGUAUUUUAUAGAUGUUAUGGAGAAUCUGUUAGUAUUUCUUCCAAGAUAGUACAAAUCAGCAUUUGUGCAAUUAUUAAUUAUUCCAAAUGUCUUAAUUGUAGCUAAAACAACAACAAAACACACACACAAACCCAGCAAAACCCAACAAAUUAGCUCUAAUUGUAUUCACCCAAGUUUGUGGGAGCCAAAGGACAGUAAUUGACUGUUGUCCCACAAACUGCUCUGUUUUACUAACCAGACUGAUGAGGCUGGGCUUUGCAGGUGUUCAGUGUAGGAGGUAAGCAGUAGUAUUCCUGCAAACCAGAGAUUUGUCAGGACCUCUAAUUAAAUAGGACAGACUGACCAACCUCUAUUGCCCUGGGAGAAAGGCAAAGUUGGGUGCUUCUGUGCCAUAACUCAAAGAUGCAGCCAACUGCUUAGGGGUAUCAGGAAGGAAGAUGAUCCUCUUUUGACCUCUCUGCCGAAUGGAUAGGGGUGGCUCAUGUAGGCUGUAUAUCAUAGUUCCUCUGAAACAUGGUAGUUUAUGUGCAUGUGCAAGUUUCCUACCAUUUUACAGUGAGAGAAUCAUCUAUUAAACUUGAGUGUGAAUUACAGCAGGCAAAUCCUAACUAUUUACCUUCAUUUUCUUUCAAACAGACUUUUCAUUGUGACAUUUAUUUAAUUUAGACUUUAAGAUAUUUGUUCUACUCUCCUAUUAGCUUGGAUUAAAAAAAAAGGCACAACAUAUACAUAAGCAUACAUCUCAAUUUUUCCAUGAAAAACAUGAGUUAAAUCAUGUAUGUCUUUGUUCUUCUUUUAACCAGGGCAAGCUUUCAGCAUUUAUUGGAGUAACUAAUUUAUUGGAGUUACUAGUGCUUAUGUUGAAUCAUUCUUGUCUGUGAUUUUUCUUUGCGAGAAAUAUUUUUUGUACAUUGAUUAUUUCUUCUCCUCUCUCCUUCUCCCUUAGUCUGUUUAGCACUAUCAUUGUGUUAGGGGCACACUUUCGAGGCAAAAAUAACUAGCUGCUGGUGACCCUGUGCAACUGUCUGGUAAACAGUGUUGUUUAAUGUAAAGGUCAGAUAAAAAUUGUUUUGUUUUACGUUCCUAGUAGGAAGGGAGCUGCUGUGUUAUAAGUGAGAGAAUAAUAACCUGCUUUUCAGCUACUGCUUUUCAGGAUUCAGACCUGGGAGCUGAGUGCAUACUUGUCUAGAUCUUCUACAUGAAAGAAGGAGCAAAGCUUUGGAAUUGUUGUUGAAGUCAGCUAAAGCAAUCAGGAAUAGCAGUUUGUUUCAGGAUCAGGUUCUGCUUUAAGUUAUGUCACUAUUGUUCUGAAGUUUAUGAACUUUGCUAUGAUUAUGCUCUCCUCCAACUGUAAUGUGUAAUCCAGAGAUACUGUGCUAUGUCUUCUGCUAUCUGUCUGUAGCAUGCAAAUAAAAUGAGUGAAAAGUGACUACUUCAUCUGCUAGUAUCAAUAGUAACAGCCUUAUUGUGCAUGAGAUGUCAUUUUUUCAUUUUCCUAAAAUCGAUGUUUUCAGGGAAUAAAUUAGAAAUGUAGAUGGGUUCCAGGAAAAAAAAAAAAAGUAUUUAUGUGCUGUCAGACCAUUAGCCUUUAAGGGUACAGUCAACAUGCUUAGUUGGUAGGUGAUCGUAGAAGUCUUGGAAACAAAAUUGCUUGCACGCUUUCAACAGCUUAGUGGCUGCUGAAAUAUAGGAAGAAUGAUUUACUACAUUUGUAUCAUUGAAACACAACUAAUUCUUAGUUGAAUUUUAAUUCAUCAGUGGUGAUGUUCUGAUUUUAAUUCUACAUCUCCAGCAGUCCAGCAACUCUUUUACUUUUAAAAAUGUGCCCAUAUAUCUGAAUACAUCUUCAUAAAUUAUUAAAACCGUACCAAAUGGAUUGACUGAUGCCAGUCAAGUCUAGACAGACUGAACCAUGCAGCAAGCAGUUGAGAGAAAAAAUAAUAUUUAUUGUUAUUUUAAAAAUAUCUAGCUUUGUGAACCUGAACAAUGAUUGUUAGACCUAGAUUAGGAAGUGAUCAAUCCUUUAGAAUAUUUGUUAGUUAAGAUUUUGUUCUUGUAGUAUGAUGUACAUAAUGCAGUCAAAUAGUGACUAUAUUAGUUAUUUUAGGACUCCUUACUAACAAUUAGCUUAGUGAAUUCCUUCCACAUUCUGUACGUGUGCAUCUGUCCAACCAAUGUAUAGGUAUAUCCAGGUUGUAUAUUUCUUUUAAGUCUACAUGUUUAUUUAUGUGUAUACAGAAGUAUACACAGAAAUACAUAAUUAUGCACCCACAUACAAGUCUUUGUUGUCCUGUAUUUAUGUAAAAAUAUAUUUACAUACAUAUACAUGCAUAUAAUACACAUUUAUAUACACAUACAUAAUAAUAUUCUAUAUAAUUUUUAUGUUAAUAUUAGGUACAAAACUUCAUACUUCUAUGUAUACAUGUGUUUGUCUUGUGCAUCAUUCCAAUUUCAGAGAUGACAUUCUGGAUUUUAGAGGAGUAGUACACUAUCAGCCAGAAUAUUGAGAAUUGAUAAGAUUGGUAUUGAUUAGUUUACUUCUGAGUCUUCCAGACUAUUUGUAGCUGUUUUACUUACAAAAGGGUUGAGACUGUUCCAGCACAUCAGUGGUCUUAUAACCAUCCUGACAAUCCACCUUGCACUUUCAGGACUUACAAUUCAGGGAGGGAAUUGGACGUUGUACUUAUUUACAUAUUACCUAAAAUAUUUAUUAAAUUGCUUUCAGAGAUUACAGAGGUCAUAUAAAUGAUCUUUGUCAACUUGAUUUCCAGCCCUGCCCCCACUCCCAAUAAUUUAAAUGAAAAAGCUAUCAUAGACCAGUUUCCACUCCAUAUCUGUAGAAGUAGCAUGAUCAUUAACUUGAUAAAUCUCACCACAUGAGGUGUCCUCUAAUUUAUUUGUUAGUCUGCAAUAUAAUUCCUUUUCUUGUUGUUUGUAUUGCCUUUCCUCUGGAAUGCCAUAAUCUUCUAACCUGUGUUUUGUUGUUGUGAAAGCUGUAAAUGUACCAAAACAAAAUAGCUUUCAUGUGCUUUUGUUGUUGUUGUUAGAAAAUAGUUUUUAUGAUUUUAUAGUUUUUAUCUAUAAAUGUUUCCUCCUUUUUUUUUUUCCAGUAUUAAUCCUACUUUGCUGAUCAAACCUUUCCAGUUAGAAGACAUGUUUAUCACUUUUCCCUCAAAUAGAAGAUAAUAAAGUACCCAUGCUUUACAGCUUGAACAUAUAUAAAACCUUUUUCUACAGCUUUGAAGCCAAUGGACAAGUGAUCAAUCCCAAUGUCAUUUCUUUUUGUUUAUACUCUGAAAGAGAGCUUUUCUGCUGAAAUAUUUGUGCCUGCAUUUUUUAAAAGUCUUACAGCAGAUGGCUCUUAAAUUACCUCUAUCAGUUUGUAAUCACAGAGAAAUACAGUUGAAAAUUUAGAGAAAUGUAAUCCUUUGUUACACAAUAAUUUUAAGUUACUGUUUGAAAAAACAUUUAUAGGUUGAAAAUCAUGGAUUAAAUAGUGACAUAGCACAUUAUAUUGUACUUGAUGACAAAUGCAGGAUGCAAUAUAGAAACACAGAAUGAUGAAUCUAAACAUACAUUUUUCUUAAUCUGGAAAUUUUAACUAUAUAGGAGAUCUAAGAGUGAACAUAACCAAGUAUAAAUCAAAUUGGCCCUUGAUUACACUUAACCUUAUUAUGAAAGCUGAUUUGGAGGCAAACUACCAAAUGCUGUCGUUUUGAUAUAAAUAAUUUCACUCUCACCAGCUAAUUAAUUGAGCUGAACAUUUUACCUCACAUGAUACUUAAUACCGUCUAAUAUACAGAGGCUAAGAUUUAAACUUUAUUUUGUUGUGGAGUCCUAUGACGUGACUCUUUUUUCUUUGAAUCAGUUUAUUCUGCUUUUUUCCCCUUCUUUUUCUUUUCUUGCUACUCUAAGAUAACAAUAAACUAAAUUAUGUUGUGUUUUUUUCCUGUACCUGUUCAUUGUUUAAUUUUUUAAAAUACAUUAUUUCAGAAAGCAAAGAUUCUCAUGGUGUUACUGAGAUUUGUCUUUUUCUUCCUUCUUUUUUUUUUUUUUUCCCAGUUUGUAUUUUGUGAACAUAAAGAACAGGGAAGCCAAAAAAGCUUUCUUCAUAAGAUAGGUGAGGCCUUUGAUGAGGCUUUUAUAUAUAUUCCAAAAACAUGCCACAAGCCUGCUCUGAAUGAAAGGACCAGAUAGUAUCUUUCUUGACACAAUUGCUUGAAUUCUUGUGUGAUUGGUAAAGAUUUGCUAUUGCCAUGAGAGCAUCAACCCAUUUUAUUGAACCACUGAACACGUGCUCUUGUGUUCUGUGGUGACCUGAGAAUUCUAGACUAGUGAGAAAGGGACAAAGGAAAGCUUUUGUAUUUCAUUUUGGCUUCAAGAGCUUUAUUCCCACUGAGCAGUGUUUUCAAAUUAGUUCCACACACUCAUGUAGGGAGUCAUUUUCUGCUAGCUGAUUGUAGGCUCACUGAUAAUGGUUUAACUGCUUUGCCACUUUAGCUUGCAGAUCUUUUUUUCUUACAUUUUCAUUCUGUUUAAUACUACUGACAUAUUCGAAUGCCCAAAUAUUUCUCUCUAGUCUGUGGAGUGGGGUUAUUUGAAUUCUGAGAAAUCUCAUUAAAAUCAUUAAGCUCUAUACAGGCAUAUGUACUUCAUUUAUAAAUUACACACCAGAUUAUAAGAUCAAGCAUAUAAUUUUCAGAGUUUAAAAUUUUUAUUGGAUCAAGUUUUUUUAAUACACUGGUUUGUCACCUAAAAAGCCCUUUUUCACAGGCACUUUUUCUCUCUGUUCUGAUAACAAGCAUGGUGCAAUUAUCCAAUCUUUGUUAUCCAAUUCUUAUAGUUUAUAGGUUGAUAACCACUCAGUGAGCUAUGGCAUGGACCUUCCCCUGCUGCAUUCCCUAAAAAACAAAAACAAGAAAGAAAGAAGAAAGAAACCCCUCUACACUAACCAUUAAAUCGUAGGAUGAUCUAGAGAUAAAAGCAGAAUCUCUUUUUUGCUUUCCAAAUAUUUGCAUGGCCUUCAAAAGCUAUUUGCCUUUUGUGUUUAUAUUGGAUUUAUUUUUUUGGCCUACAUGCAGAAAGAGAAUGAUACAUAGUGAAUAAUGGACAAUAGAGAGGGAAAUGCUCUCAGCUUUCACAUCCAGCCUGUGUUUUGUAAUAUUUUUAAUGCCAUCUAUUUUUAUUUAAAUAGAAAUUGCUGACUAUUGUAAAGGGUUGUAAAUGUGAAAGUGUAAGAUAAAGUACUGUACAAGCAGACUAUCUGCAGGUUGACAGGUGACAAGAGAGACAGACGAGAGUUGGUAGAGUGCCAUUUUCUGCUGCAAAACUUUGAGACUUCACAUUAUUUCCAUGUGUGGCAGAACAGUGUAAAGUUUCAAAAGUCAGUGUUCUGUCAUUUGCAGAAUUACUUUUUGCUGUUCCUGAAAGGGGGAGUUUUGUAUCUGUAAAGCUUUAUAAAUCUUCACUUGGGCAAAAGGAAAAAUGCCCUGGUUGAAAGCUGAGAUCUGUGUCGUAUAAUCUUCAGGGAAACUGGCAGCCUGUGUCUUGGAAAGGUACGCUCAGAUGGAUGAAGAACUGGCUGGAGGGCCAGGUCCAGAGAGUGGUAAUGAAUGGAGUUAAAUCCAGUCGGUGAUUGAUCACUAGUGGUGUUUCUCAGGGGCUGGUACUGGGGCCUGUUCUGUUUGAUAACUUUAUUGAUGAUCUGGGUGAGAAGAUGGAGUGCACCCUCAGUAGGUUUGCAGAUGACACCAAGUUGGGAGGAAGCGUUGAUCUGCUUGAGAGUAGGAAAACCUUUCGGAGGGAUCUGGACAGGCUGUAUUGAUGGGCUGAGACCAGUGGGAUGAAGUUCAACGAGCCCAAGUUCUCCUCCUUGGUCCCAACAACCCCACGCAUCACUACAGGUAUGGGGCAGUGGCUGGAAGACAGUGCAGAGGAAAAGGAGCUGGAAAUGUUGGUCAGUGCUCAGUCAAAUAUGAGCCAGCAGUGUGUGAGGUUGCCAAGAAGUCCAAUGGCAUCGUGGCUUAUAUCAGUAGUGUUGCCAGCAGGAGCAGGAAGGAUAUUGUCCCCCUGUACUCAUCUCUAGUGAGGCUGCAUCUCAAGUACUGUAUUCAAUUUUGGGCUUCUAACUACAAGAAUGACAUCCAGGCCCUGGAGCAUGUCUAGAGAAGGGCAAUGAAGCUGGUGAAGGAACUGGAGCACAAGUCUUGUGAGGAGCGGAAUUGGGAUUGUUUCAUGUGGAGAAGAGAUGGCUCAGGGGAGACCUCAUUGCCCUCUACAGUGACUUGAAAGGAGGUUGUGGCAAGGUGGGGGUCAGCCUCUUCUCCUGGGUAAUUACAGACAGGACUAAAGGGAAUGGCCUCAAGUUGUGCCAGGGGAGGUUUAGGUUGAAUAUUAGGAAAGACAUCUUCUCUGAAAGACUGGUUAGACAAUAGAAUGGGCUACCCAGGGAGGUGGUUGAGUCACUGUCCCUGGAGAUGUUCAAGAAAUGCGUAAAUGUGGUACUAAGAAACAUGGUUUAUCAUGCAAUAUUGAUGGUAGGUGGACAGUUGGACUGGAUUUUAGAGGUCUUUUCCAAACUUGAUGAUUCUAUGAUUCUAUCUUCUGUUCUUUCCCUCUGGAUGGCACAAGAGAUUCCUUUGAACCUGUGUUGUACCUCAUGGAUUUUUUUCCACUGAAAGAACAGUAAUUCAGCGAGUUUAUUUUUCAUAUGAUUUGAUGUAAAAGGUCAUAUUCAAGGGAGGGACUGUUUUGUAAUCACUCUUCCCAAGGUAAUCUUUUCUGUUGCUCAUCUUGCUCCCUCGUCAUGUAACAUACUAUCUUGUGAUUUUGUUAAAGAGUUGAGAUGGAGGUGUUCCCCAAAUUUAUUUACUGUAAUAAUCAAUGAAUUUGAUGCCAAUAACUUGAAGACAGAUGUGAUCCAGUGAUUUAAUUGAAGUAUCGCAAUUAACAUACAUUAAAAACGUAUAUAUUUAUAACAUAUAUAAAUAUAUUUCACACAUGUAUGUCAUAAGGCUCUUAGUAGGUUACAGUUUGUGAAAAUUACAGUCAGUUAAUAAUGUGUCAGCUCCCCACUGUGUGCUUUGUAGGAUACUGAAUGGGUGUUACAUGAUUUAUUUCCUAGAUUUUGCAGGUUUUUUUGUAGCAUGCCAGAUGCCUUGCUGAUUGCUUGGUGAAGCCUAGAGCAUGAGCUCCCUCCUGCAAUGUUUAAGUUUUUCUGCAUUUACUUAAAAGUAUUACAGUCUUAAAAUCAGAAAAAUCACUUCCUCCAAACUUUCAUAAAGAACAUUUUCUGUUUUAGUGAGAGUAUUGUUUUAAUGUAGAUGCACAUUUGUGUGACAAUCCUAAUUUACUUCAGUUUUUUGAAUUGUAGGGAGUGCAUUCAUAAUGAAGCAAAUGUAUUCUAAUGUUGCUAGAAUGAUCACAAUGAUCUCAGUAAUUUAUACACUUCUCUGUGAUUUUAUGAAAAAAACAAUAAACCAACCCAACAGCAUUUAUUAUGCGUUUAUUAACACUGUCCAUAACAUAGUAGGAUCCCCUCUCCUUUUAUCGCUUCCACUCUGAUGUGUUUUCUUGACUUCCUCAUAUCUUCUCAUUCUUUCAUUCAACUGGUAUGGCAUAUUGAUAAAAGUGAGGUGAUGCUUUUGCUUGUAGAUUUAGGAAAUGGGAACAUCCAGUUAAGUUUCUCAGUUCACUUUACUCAUUGUAGUUCUGGUGAUUUUUUUGCAGUCUUUUGGGAUCACAGUACACCGUUUCUGUUCAAAUUUUUGCAUCUGUUCUCCACAGCACUCAUGCUUGAAAACCAGUUAGGAGGUAUUGAAAUACAUAUUUUCAGAAAGCAUAAAAUCCUGAGAUGAUUGAUGACUGGAGAUAAAAAUUGGUAGUUUCAAGGUGCAAGGUGUUCAAGUAAGCUAUAUGUCUUUAUGGUAUUCUGCCAUAUUGCCAUGCAGAAUGUUGCGUUAGGAUAGUAUAAUUUAAACACAGUGGAUAAAUUUCUGUGUGACAUCAAGAAUGUUCAACACCAUCGUGUACAGCAACUGGAUGUAAUAGGCAAAGAAAUUAAAGGGAGUUUAGAAAAUGAAAAAUUGUGCAAACCGUUGAUUUAAGAACUGAGGAUCUUAUUUGGUGCUCACAAAAGUUUCCAACGUCCUUCUUUUUGUAGUUUUAAUGUACAGUACAUAUAUAACGUAUGUAUUUCUGAGCCUGGGUAUACUAUCUAGUAUCUAGAAUGAGAUAUACAUUUAUAAUGCUUGGCUUUCAGAUUUAAGUCUGAGCAAACCAAGAGCUCAGUAAGGUCGGGCUAUAAUAGUUCCUAAAUGUAGGGCUUCUGAGAACUUGUUUGCAAAUUGAAGGAUUACUUCAUCUAGCAAAAGUGAUAAAGAAACUUACUAGAGUUGCAAAGAAUCAUUUCUGCAAAUGUCACAUAGAACCAAUUACAAUGGAAUGAAAAUAUUUUUAGGAUAGUUUGGAAUUUUGGAGGUAGUUAAAAAGGACUGUUAAGGAUGGGCAUUUGAGAUGUAUAUUUCAGUUCUACCUGUCUUUGAUUUAUAUCUCAUGUCCCCUGGUGAGUUAUAGGCUUUAGUUCCCUGUCUUGUUUCUACUGAUACCAUAUAUCAGGAGAGUGAAGCUCAAAAAUUUUUCAUCUCCAUCCUCUCAUCUUAUUGAUGGAAUUAUAACCCUUAUUUUCUUUCUGUUCCUCUUACCAAUUUUGUGUGUAAUUAUUUAUACAAAGUAGGACUGGUAGCAAUUUCUAGGAUUAAUAUCAAACAGACAUUUAUGUUUUAAACUUUGUUUGCUCUUAAUUAACAACUUCUCAAAGCUCUCUGUUGUUUAAAGUUUCCAUUUCUUACCUUCCUUAUAGAUCCGUAUUUAUUCUGCAUAGUUUUCUUUGGAAAUACCUGAGCAGUAUUAUACUAAACUAUGCUAUUAAGCAUUUCUUGUAUGUAGAAUGAAGUCAUUUUCUUUUUGUCUUUCAUCAUUUUUUCCUUGUUAUUUAUAUAUUUGGUUGUGGUUGCAUUUCUUUGUGGAAGGUGAAUCACCAAUUUUCACAAGCAGGCUGAACUGGCACACUAUUUGUACCCUAGCACAAAACAUGGAAUGUUUGGAAUACUAAAUCAAUAACUGAUCAUUUUUGUAACAUUUCUGAUGACCAUAGAGGAGGUGCUCCCAAAAUCUUCUCAUAGUAUCUUACAAUGCAGGAGUCAUUCUAUGCAACCUUUCACUUGGUCUUGAAUGCAAGCUUUCAGAUAGGCACCAGGCAGCCGCUCAGUCCCUGUCAGCCAAGUUAGUCUUGCAUUCACAGCUCUGAGCAUAACCUGGUCCCUGUGCUUGUUUCCUCACGACUGUCUUUCUUCUUUCCUUCCUUCCCACUCACUGGGCACUAAGACUAAAUGCCUGGUAAAGUCACCAGGUAGUGUCCAGGGCAUUUCUUGGCCCUGUCAAUGGCCAUUCAGAGCAAGGAUGAUAGAGAGUGGGUCCAUAGCCUCAGGGUAAAGACUCUUAGAACUCUGGUGGUAUCUGCAGGAGCCCAGGCAGAAAUGUGGGCGCUGUUUCCUCUCAACUGUCCACAGAUUCUGUCUAGUAACGCUGCACCCUAAAAUACUUUGAGUGAAAUCCUGAUUCUGUUGAAGUCAUCGGGCACUUAGGCAUUAUUUUUAUUUCAGCAAGGAUUUCACCAUUAUUUUUACUUCCCAGCUGUAUUUUGUGGUGGUGUUGGGGACCCUGAACAAUGAUGAAUGUGACUUCACAUUGUGAAAUAAAUUAUCUACUAGUUUCAUCCUUGCCUUCUUCCCAUUUGGAUAACUAAGAAUGUCUUCCAAGCAGGCUACCUCUCCAUUUGCAUGUGCAGCUGAUGGAGAGGAAACAAUGACCCAGGACUUAGCAUCACGAGACAAGGAAGAGGGCAACAGUGAUCAGCACGCGACCUCUCAUCUGCCUCUACAUAAUGUAAUGCACAACAAACCUCACUCUGAGGAGCUACCAACUCUAGUCACGACCAUCCAACAAGAUGCUGAGUGGGAUGGAGUCAUCUCAGCCCAACACAGAAUGGAAUCGGAGAGUAAUAAGUUAUGUUCCCUAUAUUCCUUCCGAAAUACCUCUACCUCACCACACAAGCCUGACGAAGGAAGUCGUGACCGGAGUGAGCUAAUGACCAGUGUUAAUUUUGGAACGCCAGAACGCCGCAAAGGAAGCCUUGCAGAUGUGGUGGACACACUGAAGCAGAAGAAACUAGAAGAAAUGACCAGGACUGAGCAAGAAGAUUCUUCCUGCAUGGAAAAACUACUUUCUAAAGACUGGAAGGAGAAGAUGGAAAAAUUAAACACAAGUGAUCUCCUUGGAGAAAUUAAAGGUACACCAGAAAGCCUGGCAGAAAAAGAGCGACAGCUCUCUACCAUGAUCACCCAGCUGAUCAGCUUACGGGAGCAGCUCCUGGCUGCCCAUGAUGAACAGAAAAAGCUGGCAGCCUCACAAAUUGAAAAACAACGACAGCAAAUGGAUCUUGCUCGCCAACAGCAAGAACAGAUUGCAAGACAACAGCAGCAACUUCUGCAACAGCAGCACAAAAUCAAUCUACUGCAGCAGCAAAUUCAGCAGGUUCAGGGUCACAUGCCUCCGCUCAUGAUCCCAAUUUUUCCACACGACCAGCGGACACUGGCAGCGGCUGCUGCAGCCCAGCAGGGAUUCCUCUUCCCCCCAGGAAUAACUUACAAGCCAGGUGAUAACUACCCUGUGCAGUUCAUUCCAUCAACAAUGGCAGCUGCUGCUGCUUCUGGACUCAGCCCUUUACAGCUCCAGCAACUGUAUGCAGCUCAGCUGGCAAGCAUGCAAGUUUCUCCUGGAGCCAAAAUGCCAUCUACUCCACAGCCACCAAAUACAGCAGGGGCACUCUCACCCACUGGGAUGAAAAAUGAGAAGAGAGGGACCAGCCCGGUAACUCAAGUUAAGGAUGAAGCAGCCCAGCCACUGAAUCUUUCAGCCCGACCCAAGACAGCUGAACCAGUCAAAUCCCCAACAUCUCCAACACAGAACCUCUUCCCACCUAGCAAAAGCAGUCCAGUGACAGUGACAAACAAGAGCGGUAUCCCCAGCCCCCUUGGUGGAUCUCUGGGAAGAGGAUCCUCUUUAGAUAUUCUUUCCAGUCUUAAUUCACCUGCCCUGUUUGGGGACCAGGACACAGUAAUGAAAGCCAUUCAGGAGGCUCGGAAAAUGAGAGAGCAGAUCCAAAGGGAGCAGCAGCAGCAACAGCAGCCACAUGGUGUUGAUGGAAAAUUGCCCUCCAUGAAUAACAUGGGUCUAAACAACUGCAGGAAUGAAAAGGAAAGAACAAGAUUUGAGAAUUUAGGCCCACAGUUAACAGGGAAACCCAAUGAGGAUGGAAAACUGGGCCCUGGUGUCAUUGAUCUUACAAGGCCAGAAGAUGCAGAAGGAAGUAAAGCAAUGAAUGGCUCUGCAGCUAAACUACAGCAGUAUUAUUGUUGGCCAACAGGAGGUGCCACUGUGGCUGAAGCUCGAGUCUACCGGGAUUCGCGGGGUCGAGCCAGUAGUGAACCGCACAUCAAACGACCAAUGAAUGCUUUCAUGGUUUGGGCUAAGGAUGAGCGCCGAAAAAUUCUCCAAGCUUUCCCUGACAUGCACAACUCCAACAUUAGCAAAAUCCUAGGAUCUCGCUGGAAGUCUAUGUCAAAUCAAGAAAAACAACCUUAUUAUGAAGAGCAGGCACGGCUAAGUAAAAUCCACCUAGAAAAGUAUCCUAAUUACAAAUACAAACCUCGACCAAAACGUACCUGCAUUGUUGAUGGAAAGAAAUUGCGUAUUGGUGAAUACAAACAACUGAUGAGGUCUCGAAGACAGGAGAUGAGGCAGUUUUUUACCGUAGGACAACAGCCUCAAAUUCCAAUCACCACGGGAACGGGGGUUGUCUAUCCUGGUGCUAUUACCAUGGCAACUACCACACCAUCACCUCAGAUGACAUCGGAUUGCUCAAGCACCUCCGCCAGCCCUGAGCCCAGCAUCCCCGUCAUUCAGAGCACUUAUGGGAUGAAGACGGACAGCGGAAGCCUUGCUGGAAAUGAAAUGAUAAAUGGAGAGGAUGAAAUCGAAAUGUACGAGGACUAUGAGGAUGAUCCCAAAUCAGACUAUAGUAGUGAAAACGAAGCCCAUGAGGCAGUCAGUGCCAACUGAGGAGUGUUCACAGAAUUAAAGUACUCAGACUCUCUUUUUUUUUUUUGGAUUUUUUUUUUUUGAACAAAAAGUUCUUAAAGAGCCUGCAUGCAUGUGUGGCUCCCACAGUUACAUCAGCAGAAUGGUCUUAAAUGUUUCUUAACGUGUGAGACAGAUUGUUUCCCUAAUUUUUCAUGAACUUGGGUUUUUUUGUUGUUUUUGUUUUUGUUUUUUUUAAAUUUAGAUGAAGACAUAUAUUAAAUAUCAGACAUCAGGACUUGAAAACUUAUAUGAAUCAAUAGCUGUCUUACAAGUCUUACCUUUUGUCUUUUUCCUUUUGGAUGCUGAUAAAGGCUUAAGUUACUGUUUUAGAUGGGGGUUAUACAUUCUCACUCAGGUAUGCUGUGCCAGCCUACAGGUUGUGAAUGUGUUUUUAUUCUGGAUUAUUUUAGAAAACAAAAACUGCAGAUUUCAUAUUGUGAAACAGAACAAGUCCGCAAGUGUGCACAUCUGUGCAUCAUAGCUCAUCUUUAAAAAAUUGUCUCUGAAUUCCACUUUUUUCCAUAUGUAUAGCUGAACUUCUGAUGUGCCAAACUUUUCUUAACUUUUGAAUCUUAACAUUUAAAAAAGAGUCUUAAAGGAGACACUGUAAAGUCUUAGACAAUCCUUUGGCAUCUUAAAAAAAAAUAUAUAAAAAUCUAAUUUUUUUCCAGAAAAUGGUGAAGUACUCAGGAAUCUGGAGACAGGAUAUUCUUAAGUAGUGAACCUGGUUGCCAUAGUGCAUGUGCCCAAUUGCUUUUGCCUCUUGAUGCCAUUAGUGUGAAGUUUUAAGUAAGCACAAAAGAGCGAUCACCAGCUAUGGAAGGGCCUGUCUUAGCAGUGUGAGGCCACCUUUGACUACAUUCUCUACCCUUUUGCUUUUAACCCUUCCAUUCAGUCUUAACACAUUUUCUCUUAAGUAAUUUAUUCAUUCCAGAAUGUCAAGGGUCCAAAUACUUAAUAUUUAUUUUUAAAAGUACUGUUGGUGGCAUUACACUUACAAUUCCUUAUUGAUAUUUUAAAGAGCUCUUUCUUUCUCCUCCCUCAAAUUACACAGGUAUGUGAAAAUAAACGUGCACCUGCUACUAAAAUGAACAUGACAUUUACGAAUGAGAAAUUCAAUUGUUUCCAUAACAGUGUGUGUUCAAGAAGCACUUGGAAACACUCUGUUAUACGUAACACAAAAUAAAGUGAGUAUUUUUUAUAUGUACAUACAGUACAAUACUCUAAAAACUUAUGUUUAUAGUUACAAACCUCUAUACUUAGCUGGACAGCAAAGGCAGAUGUGAAAUCCAAAAUCCAUAUAGAGUCUACCGUGAUGAAUUUUUAGGUCUUGUAGAAUCCUGCAGUGAAUCAUGGCUCCAUACAUCACGUUCCUUUUGUCACCUGAAGGAACUGUUUGCUAUCUUGAGUAUUUGUGCAAUGAUUUAAAUGUGGGACUCCUAGUGGAGGAGGGAAGGCCACAAAAAAGUGGCUUGCAAAGCUGAGAAGAUGAUGCAUCAAAAAUAUUUACUGAAUAUUAUUCAUAUGGGAAUGCGAACUAGAUCUUCAUGCGUGUUUGUAACGUUCCUUGGGAUCUUUGAUGGCAAGGUGUACUCAAAGUUUCUAUUUGUAUUAGUACUAGAAACAAUGCAAUUACUGCAGAAAAAUCUAGGAUAUACACAAGAAAGAUAUAUUCAAAGAAUAAGAGUUUGUUAACGUUCAGAGAAGGAAAAGAAAAAAGAAAUUGCCAUUUUUUCCCCCUUUCGCAUUCCACUCGUGUUCAUAAAUAUAUCUCUAUAAAAUGCAGAUCCAAUUAGCCUGGUGAAUACUUGUGCUGUAGCUCUUCAACUCCCUCAGCUUUUAUUUUGAAUUGGAUAUGUUCAACACAUUGGUGAUAAAUUCAGCCUCAGGCUGAGAGGUACGAAUGAGCCUAGGGCAGCUCUUCCCAAAGUCUGAGGGAAUCUUCCUGCAGAGCUGAAUGGGCUUUGCUUAGACCCCAGACAAUGAGAGGACUGUAGUACUAAUGCUGGUCAUCCUCGUGCUGUUGUACUAUCCUGCAGAAAUUCGUGUGAGGUGCAAUGAUAAGAUGCUGUAUCUGGAGCUGCCAUUUUCCUCAGAGCCCCAGUAAUACCUCUUAGAGCAGAGGGAGCCAUUGUUGCCACUGUAGGGAUCACAUUUAAAUGUGCAAGAACAACCCCCAAAACAAAGAAGAUUGUUCAAUUUACAGGACAAUUUAUAAAGAUAAUGGCAUAGAAACACAAUGGUCAGACUGCUCUGACCAUUUUGUAAUUUGGAACAAAAUGCUAUAUUUUUAAUAUUUAUUUAAAUGUGUUCUGAGUCCAUGUCUAAUAAGCAAUAAACCGGUCUAGCCAAGACUUUAAAGGCAAAUGCUGUGUCAUUAGCUGGUGAGCGCCCUCUUCAAGCUGGCUAAGGUACUGAUAGAAAGUGUUUUUUGUUCUCACAAUUGCUUGGGAAUUGGAACUGUUUUUAAUACAUUCAGCUCAGAUUGGGGGGAGGGUACAAUUAUUUCCUGAAAGAAAUGACUAUUUAUUAAUGUCUUACAUAAUUCUUGUGUUAGAAGUAUCUCUCCCUCCUCCCAUGUCACUUUUUCUCUCUUGCUCUUUUUUUUUUUUUUUUUUUUUCUGGUUUUGUUGCAUUGGUAGAAUGCUGUAUUGCUAGUAUUGUAUUUUAUGUAAUGAUUUUUUUUUUUUUGCACAAAGGCAAACAUUUAGAUUAGUUGGUUAAUUUUUUUUAAAUUUUAUGACCAUGCCAAAAUAAUAUUCUGCAGGCUUGUGGAGAACAAAGGACUGUUCUUUAGGACUGAAACUUGAUUUUGCUUGUAGUACAAAAAAACACACACUCACAGAUGUUGUUUCGUAAGUGUUAUAAGCACUGGAUAUAAAUGGUAUUUUUUAUCACUUCUGACUAAUGUGAAACUGUUGUACGAAAACUACAUGAACAAAAGUCAUCUGUUUCGACUCGUGUGGGCCUGCCUCACAGUUGCCGGAUUUGAGUCAUUUUUAUGUCUUGUUAUUUCAUUUAUUUAUGCAAAAUACAUGUAUGUAUGAACACUUUGUUUUAGCUCCAGCCCUGCCUCAGUGCUGAUGCUCUCUAUGUUAAAGCCACAUUCUUGAAAAUGACUGGCUGUUCAGGAAUCGCCAGCUGGUAAAAAUUGCAUUUAUUGGCUGGGGAAAUGGGAGGAACAUAUUUGAAUUUGAAUUGUGCAUAUGAGCAUUUUAUUCUAUUUAUUAGCCGACAUUGGCUCUAAAAUGUCAGUAGAAGGAAGGACAAUCAUAAGGAUAAAAAACAACUUUUUUACUUUAUUAAUCGGAGCUCAAAACAAAGUUUUUGAUGAAUUUACCAUCUCAUUUUAGAUUUUUUUUUUUAAAUUGUGUAAAUAUAACAUAGGAAAUAGAAUUUUAUUUUUUGUUCAUGGAUACUUAGUGAAGUAUAAGUUAUGUAUUUACUUUUGUUCUAUAUCAGUGUAUGUUGGUCCAUAUUAAAUGCUGACAAGUCACUGUACCUCAUGUAGAUGCUGAAUUUACACCCGCAGUGUGAGCGCAGUAUUGUGAACCUGUAGCUGGGACAGCAAGAUGCCUCACUUGUGCUCUCACUGAUUUUUGAUAGCAUAUCCCACAAACACAGAAUACUUUUUUCUUGUUUUAGAAAGUUGAUACAUGAAACACACCAAAUUGCAGAUACAGCUGAUAGGAAACACAGUUUGUUUUCUGAAUCCAAGUAAAACUGAUUAAAUGUUUUAGUUCUUAACAAGAAUGGCAUUUGGAAGUCAAAAGCAUACCCCUGGAGAGACUGUCAUGAAUAAGAUGGCCCUUGCAAUGCAAUCAAGACUUAGUAAAAUCAAAUCUUUAUUUUUGACAUUAAGUAAAUCACACUAUUGUUACGUUAGGCUGUAAUGUCAGGGGAAAAGGUUCACACAAAACACAAACAGGACUUUCAGAAUUGCUCUUUAAAUGUUGUGUUUGAGUCUCUCUUAAUAACUCUGACUGAAAAAAAUAACAACUCCAUUCAGGUCAUGCACAAAUACAGUAAUACUAUUUUCUCCACGAAUGAACAGCUUAUUUAAUUAAUACAGAUACAGUAUACUUUCUUUUUGGAAAAAUUUUAAGUGCUUGUUCUCAAGAGACGAACACUCCUGAAACUGUCUGAUAUGAGCUAGUAUAGUUCACUUCCUAUUCCAUGAAACGGGGUUCAGGUUUACAUGGAGGUACGACUGAUGAAAUAGCCUAGUUCUGGUUGAUACAUGUGUUCAGGUGUCACCGUUUAGUUCAUGAAACUGCCUGCUGGGAAUACACGGGAUCACAAUGUGCUCCUAAAUCAGCGUACUCAGGUGCAGCACGAGGCAGGGGGAGGGCAAAGGACGGGACUGCUCGGGGUUGGGAAUGCAAAACAAACAGCGGCAUUGCAACGUAUGCAGCAGUCAGCUGAGGACAGCUACUGCUUUGAGCAUAAACACAGCCUCCACCCAAUGCAACCUGAACUGCGGUCCUCUCACUGGGUUGGCUUUCUGGUUUCGUUUUUUGGUCAUAUCAAAGGCGUGGCAUUUCAAAAAUCAUCUCCUAGCAAAGCAUACAACAUGAUUAACACCCCCACCCUCCCUCAGCAAAACACUUAUCUACUUGCUUAAUUUUAAGCACGUUAGUACUUCUGUGGUGGUCACGAGGACCAGUAGAACGUUGGCGUUAAGUAGGGCAAUCUUUGCUGAUCAGGGCCACAGUGUGAACAACUGCACUGGAGAUGCAGCCAGCAGAAUGUAUGAUAGCGUUCUUCAUGUUUUUAUGAGACGUUGAUGAAUGGGCUUGGACCCUAGGUGUUUUGCAUGCUUUUUUAAGAUUCAAGUUGGCACUUAAGCAUGUUCUUUUAAAAGAAUAAUAUUAUAUGACCUCAUCUGAUCUUUGACAAAACACUUACUCUUUUGCUUUAAAAAACAACUUCCCCCAAACCUUUUUUUAUAUGACCCAUUAAUAUCUGUGAUUUUUCUCAGAUCAAACUACAUUUUUGAUAUGCUGUAAUGUCCUACUAAAGGAGGAAAAAGAAAAUAAGAUAUAGGUAUAUGCAAAUAUAUUUCGUUUUAAUCCAUUGCCCUUUUUUUUUUUAAUACCAGAUUUGCUGGAAAUGGUGACAAAGAAGUAUUCUGAGAUUUCACACGCUGGGUAAAAAGGGGGUGGGGUAGGGUGAACUGGGCUAAAGGAAAACUUAUCAAAUUGAUAUUUAUGGCAAUAUGAAAGCUAUAAAGCAACUUAGUGACAUGGCUUGCUUUGUAAUUUCCGCUUUCUAAAAACCACAAGUGAGGUCCUUGGUGCUCUUGGAUUAUGGGGAAUGUGCAAAUAUUUAACUGUUUGUAUGCUGCACAUUGCAGACCUGCUAGUGUGCAUUCUCCGUUUGUCUUCCUUUGUCAUUUGUGUUUUGCUUUCUAGAAAGCAAUGUUGUUUUUUUUUUGUACCCUUCUUCAGCUUGUAGCAAAAUAGUAUGCUUAGCAUUUAUGUUCAUUCAUUAUUGUAUUUCCCAUGUACAAAUUUUUUUAUUACAUUAAGACAAGCUUAUAAGCUGUUACUACAUAACUUAUCUUACUGUAACUCUUAUUUCCUGACAUUGUAAUUUGUUUGUGAUGUAUAUUGUGAGAUUGUACUCUAUGUUAAUUUAAUCAGCACAAUUCACUGACAUGCUGGACUGACAUGCUAGCUGCUGUUUCAAAUUGUAAAGUUUGUGUAGAGCUGUUGGGACAACUGAAACUCUCUUGUCUAGGUACUAUGCUUUGAUUCCUAUAGCAACACUGUGGGUGCAGCUCUUAAUGGCGGGGGCUGCUUGUUGGACACCCACUGGCUAAUUUAACAGGCAGGUUUUCUUUGUAGAAAUUCUAUAUACAAUGCAGGUACCUACCUGGGCCCAUGGCCGGUAAUUAUUUGGGCGUGUAGAGGAAAAACUAGUGUCUAUUGCUGCUUUGAAUAUGUUUUAAAGUCUGAAAAUGUAAAUAGUUUAUCAAAAAAAAAAAAAAAUCUUGUACAGUCCAGUGUAAAGUUUUUAAAUGGACUUAAAGGUUGCCAUCACAUCUCACACUCUCCUCUUGAUACAGUUGGAAAAAAAAAAAAAAAAAAAAGACAAAGGAAAAAGUUUGCUAAGGAUACUGAGUAAAAAAAGAAAUCUGUUCUCAGUUUUAAAAAAAGAAUAGUUAUUCUUAGCUCUGCUUCAUUGCAUAAACAGACUUCUUGGAUUUUGUUGUGCAGUAUUGACGUGAGGUAAAUUAAAUAUUAAAUAAUCUUUCAGUGGUACUUUUAAGAGUCUUCUCCUCCUCUGCCUCAGUUAUUAAUGGAAAAGACAAAAUUGAAAGACACUGUCCAUAUACAGUAUGUUCUGGUGUACAUUGGCACCUUACCUACAUGUUUCGGGUGGGGGGAAUGUUUUUUUUUUUGUUGGUUUUUUUUUUUUUUUUUUUUUUUUUUGCACAAGGUGCUUUCCUGAUAUGUUAAACAUGUCAUCUUUGGGUGAUACAGUAUAUGCCAUGAUAGGGGUUUAGACCCCUCAGGGGAGUGUCUAUAAGACUGCCUAUUUAUGCUCAUUUACCUCAAGACUGUCCUCUCUACCCUUAAUCUAUUCACCAUCACUCCAUCUUUUGUACUGCUGUUGACACUUACAAAUUAAAGAUAAAUUUUGUUUUAUGA